CCGAGAUGCCAUGGGAAAUUAUAUCGUCCCCCCGGCGGGAAAACCCCUGACGUCACUUGGUGAUCCAACCCCUGGGCCCGCGGAUUAUCUACCUUUGAUUAGUCAUAAGGCAUCACUUCCUCAUUACUCUAUUUCCGGAAAACAUAAAACAAGUAAAGACAGUGUAAAUCCCGGCCCCUCAGAUUUCUCAACCAGUGGGGACUUGAUUUGGAAAAAUAAAACAGUAACUUUCAAAGGAAGAAGUAAAUGUUCAUUUGAAGAAGAAGCUGAGAAGUACUGUACAGUUAUCGGACCAGCGAAGUACAACUCUAGCUAUCAGCAGUUUGGAAAUAAUUGUGGUCCAAAAUUUAGUAUUGCCCACAAGCAGCGUGCUGACGUCUAUACCGGUCCCCCAAAUAGCCAGGUACAACCUGUGGACUCACAAGGUUUUUCAACACCUGGGCCGAAUUACAGACCAAAUUCCUCUUACUUCGGUCGAGGUCCAAAGAAAUCAUUUGGAGUUGCAAGGACGAUAGUUUGGAAGUACUCACCGGGCAAGUUAUUACAAUGUCCUCAGAAAUAA